CUGAAGGUGUUUCCGGUGAUAAGGGCAGAGCGAUGUCACGUAAGGAGGUCAGUAAAGGAGCGGACAACUAAUGUAAGUCAGUAAUGUCACGUAAGGAGGUCAGUAAAGGAGCGGACAGUGUCGUCGAAAACAAGGUCAGUAAAGGAGCGGACAACUACAGCACUCCCGGAUUGAGGGGUGUUCAGACCACCUCAUUGUUCCGUGCGGUCAACCCAGAACUCUUCAUAAAGCCUAAUAAACCAGUGAUGGCUUUCGGACUGAUAACCAUCACCUUGUGUGUUGGAUAUCUGGGAUAUUUACAUGCAAUGAAAGAGGACCAGCAGCUUUAUGAAGCCAUCGACAGUGACGGAGAGAGACUGAUGAGGAGGAAAGCUUCCAAGUGGGAGUGAAAGCAGAAAAUGGACAACAGUGAAUGGAUUUACAGUAGAACACUCUAAAAGCCUCAAUAAAAUUGUAACAUACAAUGUUGCUGAUUUUUGUCAAA